AUGAAAGGCAUCAGCAGCCGCAUCCCUCGUGCCUUGACGGUGGUGAGACAUGGAGGACGUGUAAGACCGCUGAGAGCCAUUAGCAGCACCAGUUGUGUCCAUCCCUACUCUGCCACACAACCAGUACAAAGCCACAACUACUACCGGUACAGUUCGUCAAGGAACGCACGGUCCGUAGUGCGUGAUGCGAGUGACAGUCGCUGGUUUAGCAGCAGUACAAGCAGCAGCGACAAGUCCGACACUGACACAUCCGUUUUGGAUGGUGCCAUCCGCCAUGGAGACAAGAAUCCCUGGUCGGGUGUCUCCGAGCCAAAGUUGAUGGAAGAAACCAAGAGGCUUUGUGCCCAUUUGCAGCAACAGCAACAACACGAUGAUAGAUCAUCCACAACACGAGCGAUUGUACGUUUGGAUGACUACUUCCAUGUCCUGGAAGCCUGGAUGGAACACGCCAUGACCUCCAAGUCGUUACAAGCCGCCAUGCGGGCCGAAGAAUUGCUCGAACAAAUGUUGACACAUAGUGGCGUCUUGGCUCCCACGCGGUCCUUUUUCGAAGUGGUCUUGCAGGCAUAUGCCGUGUGCGACGGAGGCGUGACAGCUGCCGAACGAGCGCACAGGAUUCUGCAGUUUCUCGAGCAGCAAUCGCCACAUGUCUAUCCAACGACCAAAACGUACAAUAUAGUCCUCAAUGCCUGGUCCAAGAGUAAAGCCAGUGAAGCGGGAUUUCAUGCCGAUCAAAUUCUAUCCACCAUGUCGCCAUCUUCGCAACCAAAUGAGAGAACCAUUGUCACCGUCAUGGAUGCCUGGAAUAAAUCGGGACAUGCCAAACGAUCCCAACGAGUUUUGGAACUACUAGAAGAAACCUUGAAACCGUGGCGGUCGCCUGCUGCUGAAGAAGAAAAUGACAGCCAAAACUCAGAUGAGGAUAAGGGCAAUACUACUACACUCCAACAACAACGCCCAAUUAUUCCUUUAGAUAUUUCCAUGUUUCAUGUUGCCAUGGACACGGUCGUAAAGGCAGCACCCGUCAAAAGGGUUAGUAGACAACAGCAAGGAAGCAACGACACUAUGACACCCCGACAAGCGGCCGAAUUUGCCGAAGGCGUCUUGCAAUCCAUACUCCAACAUUCUGCCGAAUGGAACAAUGUACAGCCUACGGUACGGACCUAUUCCAUUGUAUUGGAUGCUUGGGCGCGGGUCGAACUGGUCGAACAACGAGGCAAUGCGGCCCAUCGGGCCCAACGAAUCCUGAACGCCAUGGUCAACUCUUACUAUACUCAUGCCAAUGGAAGUGUCAAACCCAAUGCUGUUAGUUUCACGGCGGUAAUCACGGCGUGGGCACGUGCCAAACAGGCCCAAAAGGCACACGAUACCUUUCAACGAUUGCUUGACUUGUUUCAGCAGCAACAUCAACAACAUCAGCAGCAACAACAUGACAAUGACAAGCAAGAGGAUGAUUCAUUCCUGCCCACCAUUGUGGCCGGCAAUGCCGUCAUGGUGGCAUGGGCCAAAGAAAGACGACCCGAUUUUAUUCUACAAGUCAUGGCCACCAUGCAACAACUUUAUCAACAAACGGGACGUACCGAGUGUUUGCCCGAUUUGCAGAGUUACAAUAUAUUGUUGGAUGCGCAUGGGAAAUUGGGGCAGGUUACACAGGCCGUGGCGUUGUUGCAGUGGAUGCAAAAUGGAGAAAAACACUUGCAUGCCAAUUGGGUGCGUCCCGUGGGCGCAGCACCGGAUCUCGUGUCCUACAAUAAUGUCAUGGGAGCACUGGCCAAACAAGGAGACGCCAUCCAAGCGGAGGCUCUACUCGAGCACAUGAAACAACAACGACACAUUCAUCCCGACCAAGUGACAUACACCAGUCUGCUGAUUGCUCAUGCCAAGAGCCGACAACCCGACCGUUUGGAACAAGCCGAGCGUGUAUGGAAGGAAAUAGCAGUCCAAGCAGCGCCCGAUGUCAUUUGUCGGACGGCAUUUAUCCAGGCGUGUGCCCAUGUCGACCGCGCCGAGCGGAAACGAGCAUUGACGACGGCGCUACAGGUCUUUGCCGACUUGCCCAAUGACAAACGCAACCAUGUGAUUUUUGCCAUUAUGGCCAAAGCAAUCAACCGUCUCUUGGUUUGGCAUGAUGACGAUGACGACAAGGAUGGGUCGGACAGUCAAUGGCAGACCCGGGACAGUGUGCACAAGAGUCGCCUCGAACUCUUGAAAGAGUUGUGUGAGCAGUGCUGCCAAGGGGGGAACUUGUCUCACAAUGUUCAUCUGGAACUCAAUCAGGUACGGUGGGAUAGUCAAGAUGUGGUGCUGGCAUGGCUCGGAAGCAAAUCGUUUGACCCAAAGUGGAGUCGAAAUGUACCGGCGCGUUCACAGCCCAAGCCACUGCUUCAUGCCACCAAAACAGGGCGGAGGAUGGGCAGCAACCAGUGA